UUUCUACUCGCUUUCUCCUCUUAAUCUCUCUCUUCAUCACAAGUCUCUUUCUGGGUCUCAAAAGUUCUUCAUCCCCUACCCUUCCCAUUCAAAAUUUCAAAUCAUUCAAUAUUUUAGAGUGAUUAUUGAAUGCUCUUAGUUGCUGGGUUUUGUAAUAGAUUCAAAUUGUGGAAGUUCCAACUGAUUUUUUGAUUGAUUUUCACUUCUGGGUACUGCUUCAAGUUUAUUUUUUACUCGCAAUUUCAAUCCUUUUUGGGUAAUUUUUGAGGAGGUGUGUGGGGGGUUAAGUAUUUUGAUCAUAGAAAGUUCAGGUCUUUUGAACGAUGAUUCUGCUGCACAAUGGGUGCAUUCUGUGGAAGUUGAACUUGAUACUUGGCAGGAAAUCUAGCGUUAACAAAAGCUUCUAUUUUUGGAUUUUCCAGAUUUUUAAUAGAUAUAGUAUAGGCACUUAGCCCUCAUAUAUAUACCUCUGUUGUCUUUGCAGCUCUGCAUUUUGUUUAAUCUCUGUAGUAAUAGUAGUAGUGAUAGAGGAUUAUACAGACGAGAGUUGUAUAAUGGGAGGGGCAUCGCUGCCGCCAGGUUUCAGGUUCCACCCUACUGAUGAGGAACUGGUGGGAUAUUACUUGAAAAGAAAAGUGGAAGGGCUCGAAAUUGAGCUCGAAGUGAUUCCGGUGAUCGAUUUGUACAAGUUUGAUCCUUGGGAGUUGCCAGAUAAAUCUUUCCUUCCAAGAAGAGAUAUGGAGUGGUUCUUCUUCUGUCCGAGGGAUCGGAAGUACCCAAAUGGCUCAAGAACAAAUCGAGCCACCAAAGCUGGGUACUGGAAAGCCACUGGAAAAGACCGCAAGGUUGUUUGUCAAUCUGCUGUUACUGGGUACAGAAAGACCCUGGUUUUCUAUUGUGGACGUGCUCCAUUAGGAGAUAGAACAGACUGGGUUAUGCAUGAAUAUCGCCUCUGCGACAAUCUUUCUCAAGGAUCCCCAAAUUUUCAGGGAGCUUAUGCUUUGUGCCGUGUGAUCAAAAGGAAUGAGCACGGACAGAGGACGAGUGAUCUAAAUGGAGAAUCAAAAGGCAAGAGGGUCGGAAGCAGUUCGAGCAAUGGGGAUUUCACCUCAACAGUAAUAUCGAAUGAGCCCUUGAGCAUCUCCAAUUCACCCUCUUCUAAUGAAGUUAAUCCAGCGGCAGAUUUUGAGCCUGCAGCUCCCCUGGCAACCAAUAUUCCAUCAAGCUACUGGGUCUCACCUGAUCUAAUCCUUGAUUCGUCAAAGGACUACCCACAAGUCAAUGAAGCUAUAUCCGAAUACUUCCCACAAUAUGAGAUGUCAAAUUCAAUGAAUCCAUGGCAGCCAUUAGAACAUAGAGAAUUCUCAUCAAGUUCUUCAUACUCAAACUUUGCUGGGGAUAUUGAACCCGCGGAUGAUCUCAGUCAUAUUGGCUACAUGUCACCUUAUUCAGGACAAGGAAACUACACGGGUUUUCACGGGAAUGAAGAUCUAACUUAUGAAGGGUUUGAACCACAUGGUCAAGCUCCAAUUUGCAGGCAAGCAAGUGGAGAUGGGGUUUUAGGAGAAUAUGGUGGUCUCUGGUUACAGGAAGACAACUUUAUGAUUGUUAUCUAAAGGCAUGCCCCAAUUAGUGUCAUCUAAAAGAAAUAUACAAGAACACGCCUUUUAAUGUUGGUUCUUGGAGCGGCAAAUAAUCUCUUUUCCUACGUAUUAAGUCAAUCUAUUUAUCUAGUUAAGACUGUUUGUUAUGUUCUGUAUCAAAGCUGUUUUGAUGCUCAGUGUCAUUUCAUUCUGGUAUUUAUGCUGUGAUCUCCUGGUGCUAAUCAUUUUUGACGAUUGCACCUCGAGCAGGUUUAUAUAAGUUUGGUUAAUAAGCUUCUUACAGGGAAUGCUGGUUGCUGGGUUUAUGUUGUAGUCGAAUGUAUUUUAUAUUUUGCCUAGUAUAUAAAGAAGGCAUCUUCGUUUCAGUAUUUCUUUGCACCUCAGGCAGAGGAACUUGUUUUCAAAUGUCAAUAUAUAACUAUCUAAUCCUAAUUAUCUGC